GUCUACACCCCCUCAUCCUUUAGACAUGAACACAUCAGACUGGUGACGGAGUUCUCCAAGAAGACCGGAGACUACCCGAGUCUGUCGGCGACCGACAUCAAGGUCCUGGCUCUGACCUACCAGCUGGAGCUGGAGCACGUGGGCGCCCAGCACCUGAAGAAGGAGCCGCAGAUCAAGGUUAACAUCCAGACCACACAGCGCCACCCAGAGACCCCCCUCAACGUCGCAGGCUUCCACUUCCCCGCCAAGAAACCCGCGGACAGUGUGAACGUCCGACGGACGGAGACGACAGAGGAGACGGAGGACGGCCACGAGUUCAACAGCUUCCAGUUCUGGAGAGCGCCGCUGCCAUCCAUCGGCACCGAGCUGCUGGAUCUGCUGGACCCGGUGGAGGUUCUGAAUUCGAAGAACAAACCGAAACAGACGGACCGCGACGAGUUCAACAGCUUCCAGUUCUGGAGAGAACCGCUGGCCUCCAUCGACGACGGCCUGCUGGACCUGCUGAAAGCGGACUCCGCCUCCUCGCCGUCCGAGAGCGGGUUGGACACGGCGCCGCAGCCAGGCGACCAAUCAGACGACGAGGACAAGGAGAACGAGCCUGAAGACGAGGAGGACGAGGACGGGGGGGGCUGGAUCACGCCCGGUAACAUCCGGCAGGUGAAGAUGGAGUCGGGGGACUGGACGGCUCCGGCAGACGUCACCGUCGGGUGUCUCACCACCGACUUCGCCAUGCAGAACGUUCUGAUCCAGAUGGGACUCCACGUCCUCUCCGUCAACGGGAUGCUGAUCAAAGAGGCGAGGAACUACAUCCUGAGGUGUCACGCCUGCUUUAAGUGAGUCAACGUCCACUACACCCCCGAGGAAGACACAGACAACGUCC